CUUAACCUAACCACUUCUAAAGCCCUACGCUUGCGCCCUACCCCUAAGCCCUCAUUUCUGCUCUUGGAAAGGACAGGCAUCUCCCUCCCAUCGGGAAUCGUCCCUAUCAUGGCCGACAUAACUGCAACAGGCCCCAAAGUUGAGGAUUCUAUAACCUCUGAACUUCCCCCGCUCCCGACCGAGACUGACAGCCAUGUGACUCCCAAACUGUCGCAUCCCCUCGAGGAAGAGGACGGCUCGGUGUCGCCCCGGGCUUCCAAAAAACGUCGUCUCGAAUCCGAGCCGACCGACCUCGUCUUGCCGCCACAUCCCAGUGAAUUGAUAGCAGACCAAGUUCCUGGAAAUCAGAUCGAACAAGAACUAGCAUCUGCAUUGGGCCCCAGCAUCGUGGACACGGUGGAACAUCCAGAAGACACACCGACUCAACUCGAUAGCGCUCAACUCGAUGGUGCUCAACUCGAUGGUGCUCAACUCGAUGGUGCUCAACUCGAUGGUGCUCAACUCGAUGGCACUCAACUUGAUGGCGCUCAACUCGACGGCGCCCAACUUCAUGGGACGGCAACAGACACCGCAGUUGCGCCCGAGGCGACUGCCGAUAUCGAUUCGGAUAUGGCCACUGUGAUUUCGAGCAUUAUGAAUCACGCCGAACGUGUGGAGGAACAAGUUGUAAUCGGUCAGCAACAGCUGGCGGACACCACAAGUCCGGCCCCGAAAGGCAUGGUUUUCGUCAAGGCCAACUCACACCUGAAGAGUCAGAGUUUACCUAUCUUGGACAACUUGUCUACCCAAAUCCUCUCUUUGCUUGCCAAGUCUUCGUACCAAGAAAUCACCUCAUUCGUUUCCGAGCCGGAGACGGAGAGUGGCCAAGCCUACGCUACCAUGCGCUCGCUGUUCGACCACACGAAGAAGGUCUACUCUACCAAGAAGUCUUUUCUGUCUCCGACUGAACUGGAGCUUACCGAGCCGUCGCAAGUUGAUAUCAUUCGAAAGGCGAACCUGGCGUCCUUCGUCUCCAGCAUCUUUGGCACACAGGAGAUUGGAUUUUCUGAGCUCAACGACAACUUCCUGGACGUGUUUGUCCCCGAAGGCGGUCGUCUUCUCAAGGUGCAAGGUGCUUUGUUCCUGGAACUCAAGACUCAGGCAUUCAUUGCAUCCAUGAACAAUUCAGAGCGAACCCGAACAGAGUUACUCUAUGAUCUCUUCCCAGAUGACCUGGAGCAACAGCUCCUGGACCGCCGCCCAGGAACUCGCCAGCUGGCUCCCAGCGAGGCCGACUUUGUCAAGCGCGCCGGAUCGCGCCGUGACAUUCUACUUAGCGACGUCAACAACGAGGAAGCCAUGAAAGCUUUGCCAGACAAAUACCAUUGGGAGGACUUCCUCCGGGAUCUGAGCUCUUACAUCACCAAGAAUUUUGACACUAUCAGCAACCAACAGACGAAAAAGAUCACAAAGGGUCGCCAGCCAUCCUCAUCGAAUGGAGAAUCUCAGGAACCUCCCAGCGCCCCCCUUCAAGGCCAGUUCCCGGUCUCGUCGCAGCCACCGGAUGUCCCCGUCGACCGUAACAUGCACGGCGAUCUUGUUGCUCGUGCGGCGCGCGCGGCGCAGAUUGCUCUCCAAGGCCACGGGUUAAGGCGCUCCCAACAGCAGCAGCAGUACCAGCAACAGCAAUCUCAGCAGAACCAACAACAGCCACAUCAGGUGCACCAGCCCCAGCAACCACAGCCCCAGCAGCACCAUCAGCAGCACACAAUUCACCAGCCCCAGCAGAUGCCGCAACAGCAGGUUCCUCAGCACGCACAGCCGCAGGGCGGUCAGAUCUUGCAUGGGUACUCUGCUGCUCAGCCGACGAGUCAGAUGCCACACCAGCAGACUCACCAGCAACCUUACCAUCACAGUCCAGCGCCGUCUGGCUACCAGCACCCGCCCAGCCAGCUCACAUUCCAGCCAAGCCCUCUCCAGGCCAAUUUCCAGCAAUACAGCCAUGUGACCCCCGCGUCAAUUCCGCGACCCAACUCGGCUGCUGCCAAUCACGGAUACAUGCCCGGGAUACCACAUUAUUCUCAAUCGCAACCCACCCAGGUCCUCUACGAGCGGGCUCGCAUGGCAGCAUCUGCCAAGUCAUCGCCCAGCAGCCGCAAGUCCGGAUUACCUAGCCAGCGUCGUCCCUGGACUACUGAAGAAGAGAAUGCGUUGAUGGCAGGGUUGGAUCGCGUCAAGGGACCUCACUGGAGUCAGAUCCUCGCCAUGUUUGGCCCUGGAGGAACCAUAAGUGAAGCCCUGAAAGAUCGUAACCAGGUCCAGCUCAAGGACAAGGCUCGUAACUUGAAGCUGUUCUUCCUUAAGAGUGGCAUCGAGGUGCCCUACUACCUGAAGUUCGUCACUGGUGAAUUGAAGACUCGCGCCCCAGCCCAAGCUGCCAAGCGGGAAGCCCGCGAGCGGCAGAAGAAGCAGGGGGAGGAAGACAAGGCCCAUGUGGAAGGCAUCAAGGGUAUGAUGGCUCUUGCCGGCGCCCAUGCUCAGCCAGUUGGUCUGGGUCACGGACACGAUGCCAUGUCUGCCUCCCCUGGACUGACACAUGACCCCAAUGCUCAUAACACCUUCGACCAGACGGCGGAGCAGAACCUAAUGCAGACCCUCGGUCAAGAGGUGCAUGGAGAGUCUUUCGGACAACCCCAGCAUCAUCAUCAUCACCAGCAUCACCCGCACCCGCAUCAUCAGGAUCAAAUUGAUCCGAAUAUGCAUUUGGGUCAGUGAUGAGAUUGAGGUUCAUGCUCAAACACCAAUUAACUUCACUUCUCGAUUGUGCUUCUGUCCUCCCUUGAUCGAGUUGUAUUAUUUCUCAUGGUUCUUUCUUUUCUCUUCUUC